UGUUUCCUGUACGCUCUCCGAACUUGCUACGUAGAAGCGAGUCCUACGCUGCGUUUUCCGUUUUGGUUUUAGAAGUUAGUAAAAUAUACAACAGUGGUGAUUUAGACCACAUUAUAAAGUGCAUCUGCUGUACAAACGCAGAGGGUAUUCGUUUCAGCGCUAGGUCUUUGGAGAUUGAGAAACCCCAAGGUUUUCCGAUCCUGUCGCAGCCAUGCCGCCCGGGCCUGUUCAAAUAGUUCAGCCGGAACCCAACAAUAAGCCAGAUGAACCGAAGGAUGAAACUCCAGCGACAAAACCGAUUGUUGGGAUCAUCUACCCGCCUCCUGAGGUCCGCAACAUUGUUGACAAGACUGCGAGCUUCGUAGCAAGGAACGGGCCAGAGUUUGAGGCCAGGAUCCGGCAGAACGAGAUCAACAACCCCAAGUUCAACUUCCUGAACCCCAACGACCCCUACCAUGCCUACUACCGGCACAAGGUCAACGAGUUCAAGGAGGGCAAGGCGCAGGAGCCGUCCGCAGCGGUGCCCAAGGUCAUGCAGCAGCAGGCCAUGCAGCAGGCUCCCCAGCAGCAGCUGCCUCAGAAGGUUCAGGCUCAGGUGAUCCACGAGACGGUCGUGCCCAAGGAACCCCCACCAGAGUUUGAGUUCAUUGCCGACCCCCCUUCCAUCUCGGCCUUCGACCUAGAUGUGGUCAAACUGACCGCCCAGUUUGUGGCCCGCAACGGCCGGCAGUUCCUCACACAGCUCAUGCAAAAGGAGCAGCGUAAUUACCAGUUCGACUUCCUGCGGCCCCAGCACAGCCUCUUCAACUACUUCACCAAGCUAGUGGAGCAGUACACCAAGAUCCUCAUCCCACCCAAGGGACUGCUGCAGAAGCUGAAGAAAGAGGCUGAGAACCCCAGAGAGGUGCUGGACCAGGUGAGGUACCGCGUGGAGUGGGCCAAGUUCCAGGAGCGCGAGAGGAAGAAAGAGGAAGAGGAGCGAGAGAAGGAGCGUGUGGCCUACGCCCAGAUCGACUGGCACGACUUUGUGGUGGUGGAGACUGUGGACUUCCAGCCCAAUGAGCAAGGUCACUUCCCCCCUCCCACCACGCCCGAGGAGCUGGGAGCCCGCAUCCUGAUCCAGGAGCGCUACGAGAAGUUUGGCGAGAGCGAGGAGGUGGAGAUGGAGGUCGAGAGCGAGGAUGAGGAGGACGAAGGCGAGGACCGAGACGAGGGCCACCCCGCGCAGCCUGACCAGGAUACCCAGCUGCAGGACAUGGACGAGGGCUCCGAUGAGGAGGAUGAUGGUCUUAAAGCACCUCUGCCUCCAGACAACCCCAUGCCACCCCCUCUGCCCCCAACCCCAGACCAGGUCAUCAUCCGCAAGGACUACGACCCCAAAGCCUCCAAGCCCCCGGUCCCGGUGUCCACCACGGACGAGUACCUCAUCUCGCCCAUCACGGGCGAGAAGAUCCCCGCCAGCAAGAUGCAGGAGCACAUGCGCAUCGGCCUGCUGGACCCGCGCUGGCUGGAGCAGCGGGACCGCAGCAUCCGCGAGCGGCAGAGCGAGGACGACGUCUACGCGCCGGGCCUGGACAUCGAGAGCAGUCUGAAGCAGCUGGCCGAGAGGCGUACCGACAUCUUCGGUGUGGAGGAGACGGCCAUCGGGAAGAAGAUCGGGGAGGAGGAGAUACAGAAGCCCGAGGAGAAGGUGACGUGGGAUGGGCACUCAGGCAGCAUGGCCCGUACCCAGCAGGCCGCCCAGGCCAACAUCACCCUGCAGGAGCAGAUCGAGGCCAUCCACAAGGCCAAGGGGCUGGUGCAGGAGGAUGACAGCAAGGAGAAGAUCGGCCCCAGCAAGCCCAGCGAGAUCCCCCAGCCCCCCGCCCCCUCCUCCGUCGCCAGCCUGCCCAAGCCCUCCCCUCCCAUCACCACCGUGCCCCGCCCUCCUCCGGCGAUGCCCCCUUCGGUGCGCCCCACGCUGCUGUCGGCCGUGCCGGUGAUCCCGCGGCCCCCCAUGGCCCCCGUGGUGCGCCUGGCCCCUGGGCAGGUCCUCACCCCCAUGCCCCCGAUGCUGCACGCACCCCGCAUCAAUGUGGUGCCCAUGCCCCCCUCCGCGCCCCACAUCAUGGCCCCCAGACCACCGCCCAUGGUGGUUCCUGCUGCGUUUGUUCCCGCUCCUCCGGUCCCGCAGCCCCCAAGCUCCGCCCCGGCCCCCCUGCCCCCAGCUCACCCGCCCCCGCCCCACGAAGACGAACCCGCCAGCAAGAAGAUGAAGACGGAGGACAACCUGAUCCCCGAGGAGGAGUUCCUGCGCCGGAACAAGGGUCCUGUGGCGGUCAAGGUGCAGGUGCCCAACAUGCAGGACAAGACGGAAUGGAAGCUCAACGGACAGGUGCUCAACUUCACCGUCCCGCUCACAGACCAGGUGUCUGUAAUAAAGGUUAAAAUCCAUGAAGCCACUGGCAUGCCAGCUGGGAAGCAGAAGUUGCAGUAUGAGGGUAUUUUCAUCAAAGACUCCAACUCCCUGGCCUACUACAACAUGAACAAUGGCUCGGUUAUCCAUCUGGCAUUGAAGGAGAGAGGUGGCAGGAAGAAGUGAGGGCCGCUUUACUCCACUAGAGCACUCCCCUGCUGGUAGACCCUUACUGCAGAGUCCAAGUGGUCCCAGUCAGUGCUCUGUGUCCCAAAAGAAAGCAUCGAUCCUGUCUUGCCCCUGCAAUGAAGAAAGUGUCACUGUUUAAAAAAAAAAAAAAAAAACAGUAGCAUCCGAUCACCUCCCUUCAAAGCAAACAUUGUAUCCUUAUUGCAAUAGUUAUUCAAGCCACGUGUUUGAGAAGGCUCUUCUGCAUCUCUGGAAAUUCAUUCUGCUGUCAAGAUGAACAGCAUUGUCUUGGGUUUGGUUGUUCUUGAUGUUACCAGUUUUACAUAGAGAACUAUGAACAUGUUAGCUAAUUAUUGACUGCUUAUGCUCAAUGGACUGUGAAGCUGAUAGCAAAGAGCAUACUCCUAGUCUUGUAACCGUUUGGUAAAUGUUGUUUCUGCCAUUUCAAAAAUAAAGU